GCGACACUCUCUCCUCCACCCACCACAGACGGAACAGGUCCGAGCCUUUUCAAAAUGGCUUCCAACGGUGUGGAUGGUGAAACGAACGCCGAUCGUAACGUCGAAAUAUGGAAGAUAAAGAAGCUGAUCAAAAGCCUGGAGGCGGCUAGGGGAAAUGGCACAAGCAUGAUUUCCCUGAUUAUUCCUCCCAAGGAUCAAAUUUCUCGAGUUGCUAAGAUGUUAGCCGAUGAGUUUGGCACAGCUUCUAACAUAAAGAGUCGAGUAAACCGGCUAUCUGUGCUGGGUGCCAUUACAUCAGUACAACAGAGACUAAAGUUAUAUAACAAAGUGCCUCCUAAUGGUUUAGUCAUCUAUUGUGGAACCAUUGUUACAGACGAAGGAAAAGAGAAAAAAGUUAAUAUUGAUUUUGAACCGUUCCGACCUAUAAAUACUUCGCUCUACCUCUGUGACAACAAAUUUCACACGGAAGCUUUAACAGCACUUUUGGCAGAUGAUAAUAAGUUUGGUUUUAUUGUGAUGGAUGGUAACGGAGCCUUAUUUGGAACCUUAUCUGGAAAUACACGAGAAGUACUUCAUAAAUUUACAGUUGAUUUACCAAAGAAACACGGUCGUGGUGGACAAUCAGCAUUGCGGUUCGCUCGAUUACGGAUGGAGAAACGUCACAACUAUGUACGAAAAGUUGCUGAGGUGGCAGUUCAGUUAUUCAUUACCAAUGACAAGCCCAAUAUUUCAGGACUUGUGUUGGCUGGUUCUGCUGAUUUUAAAACAGAACUUAGUCAAUCAGAUAUGUUUGAUCCAAGAUUACAAGGCAAAAUUAUCAAGAUAGUUGAUGUUUCCUAUGGAGGAGAGAAUGGUUUUAAUCAAGCAAUUGAACUAGCAUCAGAUGCUUUAGCGAAUGUUAAAUUUAUUCAAGAAAAGAAAUUGAUAGGCAGGUAUUUUGAUGAGAUAUCUCAGGAUACAGGCAAAUAUUGUUUUGGUGUUGAUGACACCUUAAAAGCUUUAGAAAUGGGUGCUGUUGACAUUCUGAUUGUCUGGGAAAAUCUUGAUAUUACAAGAUAUAUCUUGAAGAACCAUUCCACAGAUGAGGAGAAAAUCUUGCAUUUGAGGCCAGAGCAGGAAAAAGACAAAACACACUUCAUGGAAAAAGAAACGGGAGUUGAGUUGGAAUUAGUGGACCAAAUGCCUCUUCUUGAAUGGUUUGCAAAUAAUUAUAAAAACUUUGGUGCCACAUUGGAAAUAAUUACAGACAAGUCCCAGGAAGGUGCACAAUUUGUGAAAGGUUUUGGUGGUAUUGGAGCCAUUUUGCGGUACCAAGUAGACUUCAAUAUUUUGGAGGUACACGAAGAUGGUUAUGAUGAAGAUUUUGAUCUUGAAGAUUACUGAAGAUUUAGUUUCAGCAAUGUGUUGUGCUGGUGUCACGUCCACUUGCUGCUUGGCCACAUGUGUUUGCGCAGUUGCUGUGAGAAGUACUACACAGCACAUCUCAAACAUACGACUGUCAGCCCCUAUUUCUUCUUCCUCCUUUCCAAAUCUGUUUAGAUAUCAUCUCUGUCUGGAACAUUUUUCAUUUUCUAACCGCUCUUAUUUUCAACACAGCAGUGGCCGGACAAAAGCUUUGGCUUUAAUGAUACAUGUCACUGAAAGGAUAGCACCCAUAAUGAAAUAUAUUCUUUUCAAUACAAUUAAGUACUGAUUUGGACUAAAUUUCUAUUAUAUAAUGAAUUUAUAUAGUUUAUUUUCAGUUA